AUGGUUACCAGCAAGCGCAUCAUGAGCCCCGAGGGCAUCGAGGGUCAGUUCACCGCCAAUAAUCUCGGCGGCUUCCUCCUGACCAACUUGCUAGAGCCAGCUAGCUCCAUCCAAUUUAGCGACUGGGACCUUCUCAAAAGCGAUGCAGAGAUUCCUGAGUCAGAACGUGGGCCCGACCGUACUGGCUGGUUGCCAGCAGAGAUGCUGGAGGUAGUCGAUGGAUAUGACGGAAACAGAGCAUACGGACAGAGCAAGGCUGCCAACAUUCUGACGAGCGUGGAGAUCAACAAGAGAUGGACAGAGAAGGCGGUAGCCUAUAGUUUGGAUCCUGGAGAUACCCUAACCGACGGCAACCGCAAUUGUGGUGGUGAGGCUGUCGUCAAAGAGGCUAUGGCAAUAAUCCAUGGUGCGAACAUGAAGACUUUUGAUCAAGGUGCAUCGACGACUUUAGUCGCUGCUCUAGCUCCUGCACUAAACGAGUACAAGCACAACCCGUACUUGUCGCAUUGUCAGUUUGGACAGGCUGCUGACUGGGCCACCGAUAAAAACGCCACGGAAUGA